AUGCCUCUCAAUCUGAACUCAGUUUUUCCGGCCGCGGAUCCGGAGUUUGUCACGUUCCCUAGUAGAAGAAGUGUUGUUCAUAGCACUGAGGGUAUGAUCGCUUGUACCCAACCUUUAGCUGCUAGAUGUGGUCUCAAGGUUUUGAACGCAGGCGGAAAUGCUGCUGACGCAGCGGUUGCAGUUGCUGCCGGUCUCAACCUAACAGAACCAACUUCCACUGGCAUUGGUGGUGAUAUGUUCUGUCUAUUUUAUGAUGCCAAGACGAAGAAAGUCAGUUCUUUGAAUGGCUCAGGUCGUGCAGGCAUGAAAUCCUCACUCGAAGAUAUCCGACAAGAUCUGGGACUCAAGGAUGAUGAACCUGGAAGAAUUCCACUCAAAAGUCCACAUGCUGUUACUGUGCCGGGUGCAGCUGCAGGAUGGGUUGAUACUGUGGAAAGAUUUGGUAGUGGUAACCUGACCUUGGAACAAAUUUUGGCACCUGCUAUCGAAAUGGGUGAAAACGGAUUUCCGGUGUCUGAAUUAGCCUCAACUAUGUGGAGGAACAAUGAAGGUCUACUUCAAAAGGCAUCUCCUAACUUCUCUGAAAUGCUAAAGGAGGAUUCAAGUGCCCCAAAUGGCUGGCGUGCACCUAGACCAGGAGAGAUAUUUAAGAAUCCAAACCUCGCUAAUACUUUCAGAACACUCGCAAUUGAAGGGAAAAAAGGAUUCUAUACCGGAAGAAUCGCUGAAGAAAUCAUCAGGGUUACUCGAAACCUUGGUGGAUUCCUCGAAUUAGACGAUCUAAAAGAACACAUGAAAAUCGGUAGUGAGAACUCUACACCUAUCUCAAGAGUUUUCAAAGGUCAAGGAUACAACAAAACUCACCAUUUCGUUGACGGAAUAUCCGGCCAGGGUAUCAACGAAGAUAAUCACGGCGUUAGAAUCUGGGAGCACCCACCGAAUGGCCAAGGGCUCGUCGCUCUCAUGACCCUCGGCAUCCUCGAGGAACUCGAAAACACCGGCAAAAUCCCUCAUUUCCAAGAAAAGGAUCAUAAUUCACCCGAAUACCUGCACGCCGUUAUCGAAUCCUUACGCAUCGCAUUCGCAGACGCUAGCUGGUUCAUCGCCGACCCAGCAUUUACCAAAGUCCCCGUUGAAGAAUUAAUCUCCCAGCCAUACCUCGCCGAACGCGCUAAACUCUUCGAUUCCCAGCGCUCUAAUCCCGAAAUCUAUGACCAUGGUUCCCCAGCCCAUAAUCAUAGCGACACCGUUUACUUCGCCGUAACUGACAAAUGGGGUAACGGUAUCUCAUUCAUUAACUCCAACUUCGAAGGUUUCGGCAGCGGUAUCAUCCCCAAAGGUUGUGGAUUCGUUCUCCAAAACCGUGGUGGCAAUUUCUCGCUUCAAAAAGGUCACGCGAAUGCCAUCGCGCCUGGAAAAAGACCUUAUCAUACUAUUAUCCCCGCUAUGAUCACCAACGUCCAUGACGAUUCGCUACAUAGCGUAUACGGCGUCAUGGGGGGGUUCAUGCAACCCCAAGGUCAUGUUCAAGUACUGCUUAAUAUGCUAGCAUUUAAGCUUAAUCCACAAGCGGCGGUCGAUGCGCCGAGAUUUUGUAUAAGUGCUGAUGGGAUUCCGGGAGAAUCAAAUAAACAGAGAAGAGUAUUUUUGGAGGAGGGGAUCAGUGUGGAGACGGAGGAAAAGCUUAGGGCCAUGGGUCAUCAGGUGCAGAUAGUUGAAGGUUAUAAAAGGGGUGUUUUUGGGAGGGGGCAGCUGAUUAGGGUUCAUGGGGAGGAGGAUGGGGUUUUGGUUUUUAGUGGGGGAAGUGAUCCGAGGGGUGAUGGGGCGGUUUAUCCUGCGUAG